GCAACACGUGAGCCUCAUGUGCCGGAGGUGGGUCAGGCGGAGCGCAGAGUCAGAGGGUUUAUUUAACUCGUCGCUGUGUCCUCCCCCCUCCCACUUCCCCAACGCGCCACCAAGAGGGUUUACCUUUCUUCCACGUCAAGACUACGGCGUGGAAAAUCGCAGGGGCUAACUUGAAAACUAUUUUCACGCGUAAAAUACCGUUUAUAACGGUUCGCUUUCGCUUUGCCUUUUGAACGCCGCGGGAUUUAUAAAAAAAAACAUUAUAUAUAUUUCUUGUGGCAUUUCGGUAUAUUUUACGAACUGCUCCCACCCCAUGUCAACAUUUUGAAUAUCUCUUGAAUACAUGCGCUUAUAUUUGUAACCGCAUUGGAGAAGUACCUCGAAUUGACUGUGCGGUUGGAGUGAAGAAGAAUGGAGCGAAUCCCAGGCGCGCAUCCGCCUCCUCUGUCCAAACUCCAGGUGGAUCCGUCCGACUUGCAGGGGAUGGAUUUCCCGAUGUAUGUUUAUAAACCCAGACGAGGAACGAAGAGAGGAGAGGAGAGCAAGGAAACCUACAAGCUGCCUCACAGACUCAUUGAGAAGAAAAGGCGUGACCGGAUAAACGAGUGUAUCUCUCAGCUGAAAGAUUUAUUACCAGAACACCUGAAACUCACGACUCUGGGCCAUCUGGAGAAGGCUGUGGUUUUAGAGCUUACACUCAAGCACGUGAAAGCCAUCACCUCUCUUCUGGAGCAGCAGCAGCAGAAGAUUCUUGCUCUGCAGAGCGGCAUGCAAAUUGAUCAGCCUGCUGUCAACCAGGAGAAGUCAGAGGAGAUGUUUCGCUCUGGCUUUCACAUUUGUGCCAAGGAGAUGCUUCAGUAUCUGGGCAAUCAUGAAACCGAUGGAGAUUUCGCACCAUCCCACGUGAUCAAUUACAUUCAUAAGUUAGCCGCAGAGGUGCUGCAAGGUCCGGUCCGACCAGGAACUCCUCCCAGCUCACAAUGUGAAGAAAUCCCCGCCUACCACCAGCACCAACCUAACAAGGAGACGCCGGCCGGCUUAGCCCCUAAACCCAGCGAGGGCAACGGCAGGAACUGCGUGCCCGUCAUCCAGCGGGCGCACGCUCCAAUCGGCAGCGAGCAGAGCGGCAGUGAUACGGAUACGGACAGCGGCUAUGGAGGGGAGCUGGAGAAGACUGAUUCUGGCGCGCAACAGGGGCGCCCAGACUACUACGGUCACGAGAGCCAGCUGAAGCGAGCACUGGGCGAAAGGCAGAGCUCCGGUAUCAAGCAGGAGGAUGAGGGGCCUCGCCAAAAACGGCCCCGGGUGGAGUCGUCAGAGGACGAGCCGCCCUCAGGAACAGAAUCGGCGACGUCAUCGUCCUCCAGCAGUUACGGCAGUUACAUGAGCGUCUCCCCCAACCGUCCGACUCCACCUCUUCCCCUGUGCAUGCCGUUCUACCUCCUUCCACCUUCUGCUGCGGCCUACCUGCCAAUGCUGGAGAAAUGCUGGUACCCCGGGGCCAUGCCCAUGCUCUACCCCGGCUUGGGAGGCUCCGCAGCCACGAUGCAGAGCGAAAGGCCGCUUCCACCUCAGCUGGUGGCGUCUCCGAGGGGCGGCUCGCCUCCUGCAGCCGUUGCUCAGACCCUCAUGGACUCCCCUGCUCUCCUUCAGGCGUUAAAGCAAGUACCACCCCUCAACCAGGAAGCCAAAGACUGAUAGAAUAGGGGCGACCAGGUGAUCCUGUUCUAGAGGCUGUAGUAGGAACGCGACGAUGGCCGAGGCUUUUUAUAACCCAUCCUCAUUCCUGUUCUCUGUUCCUCAGCCUAGAGGUACAACAACAAACUGGAGGACUUUUCUAAACGAUCAAGAGGAGAUGGAGGCGCGAGCUACAUCCGUUCACACUGGCAGAAUGCAACGCUCUGGUUGAAUGUUAAAUGCCCAGUGGUAUAAC